UGAAGGGGGUGACAGCAACUCCGUAGACGUUAUGUGAGGCUUCGAUAUUAUUAACUGUCUUUGUUUGACACUUCUAGGACGAUAAACAGAUAUUCCAAUAGUUAAUAUAAAUUUAUAACAUGGCUUUUCAUGGUAGCAAGUGCUGCCGCUUUAUACUAGGCAGACAUUACGAUGGCAAGGCCCUGUCAACGCAGCACGUGAAACUAUUUGCACCAAGCUCAACACCCAAGUUGCGGCGGUGGUAUUCCAGAGCUACGCAAGAGGAAAAUGAACUUGAACUCGUAUCUCUUGCAAACUCAAGUGCAGCUGUCUCUGCAACAAAAAUUGGGACGACACAGGAGCUGGCUGUACCAGUGGGCCAGAGGCAAAGGUUGAAUGAGGAAGUUCUACCCUUCUCUGCCUUCCUGACAGACAACUUUGGCAGACGGCACAGCUACCUGCGCAUUUCCCUGACGGAGAAAUGUAACCUUCGCUGUCAGUACUGUAUGCCAGAAGAGGGGGUCAAGCUCACCCCUCGCGCUCAGCUCCUGUCUACUUCUGAGGUGCUGACCGUGGCCCAGCUGUUUGUACGAGAGGGUGUGGAGAAGAUACGCCUCACUGGGGGAGAACCCCUCAUCCGACCAGACGUCCUGGACAUCAUCACGGAGCUGAGGAAGUUGGAGGGCCUGAAGACCAUCGCUGUGACCACCAACGGUAUGAACCUGGCGAGGCUGCUGCCUAAACUGAAGGAGGCUGGUCUGGACCUGCUCAACAUCAGCCUGGACACCCUGGUGCCGGCUAAGUUUGAGUUCAUCGUCCGGCGGAAAGGGUUCCACAAGGUCAUGGAAGGUAUUGACAAAGCCAUUGAGAUGGGCUAUAACCCUGUCAAGGUCAACUGUGUGGUCAUGCGGGGCCUCAACGAGGACGAGCUUCUGGACUUUGUGGCCCUGACGGAGAAGAAGCCUCUGGAAGUACGCUUCAUUGAGUACAUGCCCUUUGACGGAAACAAAUGGAACUUCAAGAAGAUGGUGAGCUACCAGGAGAUGCUGGACCGCAUUAGACAGCAGUGGCCCAGUUUGGAACAGCUUCCACUUGGAAAGACGGACACAGCCAAGACAUUUAAGGUGCCAGGCUUUCAGGGCCAGGUGGGCUUCAUCACCUCCAUGUCGGAUCAUUUCUGUGGCUCCUGCAACCGACUACGCAUCACGGCAGACGGCAACCUCAAGGUGUGUCUGUUUGGGAACACAGAGGUGUCGCUGAGGGACGUUCUGCGCUCUGGAGCUUCUGACCAGGAGCUGCUGGAUAUCAUUGGCGCCGCUGUGGGCAGGAAGAAGAAACAACAUGCAGGCAUGUUCAGCAUCUCCCAGAUGAAGAACAGACCCAUGAUCCUCAUUGGCCCCUGUCCCUGCCCAAGUCCAGAGUCUGCCAGUGGUCCUCUCCCCCCUCGUCUGUGUCCCAGAUCCUGCGAUCCUCACCUCAGCUAUGGCCCUCCAACUGUACCACUCCAGAAGUGGAAGUGGCCAACCCAGUAAGGAUGUAUCGUGCCAUUCAGGCUACACCGUUUUAACAGUGCUGCCUGAUGUCAGCUGUUCGGGAACCCACCCGUGUGGAAGGAGCCCUCAGUGGUUCCAUAUUGUCAAAAUAAUCAUUUUACAGUGGUGCCGCUGGCUCUAGUGUAGUCCCAGAGAAUAUGGGAUUGAUGACUUACUGACAACCCCCAGUUCUCAAACCAAGGCUGCUGAUUCUGACAUGCACACAAAUGCAUUGAGUCACAAUGACAUAAACUGUCUCAGGUACACACUUGCCAGGAAUCCAAACUUAAUAAAGAAUGCCUCUACAAGGACCCCUAAGAUUCCCUCCCUUUGCACACAACUGAGAAACGCUAAAACAGGGCCCCACCUAAGCCAGCAUAGCAUAAGGCAGUGCCACAGACAAACCUCCAGAGGUGACCUCCAAGCCAAACUCAAACAACCCACACAGGAGCACUUGGGGGCGGGCGCAAAUUCCUUUGACUUCCCCCAAGCCGGACAACACCACCACUGCCCAACUGACCCACAAAGCCAAGCCUCCAUGGUGGAUGUGGGCAGCAAAUCCCCCACACGUCGAAGCACCACAGCUACCAGUCACCUGGGCCCCACUGCCUUCCGACCUGCUCCGGAACAACCAUUUAGCCAAGGGUGACGCAGGCAACAUGGGCGCACUCAUCCCGCUUUGCAACCUGCUGCCCAUAUCACAGGCCGUACCAGCGUGGAGAUGGAUACGCUGACUGCGGUCGCAGUGGCAACGUUGACGCUUUACGUCAUGUGCAAGGUGGUGAGUCACAACAUCUCCAUCAGACAUCAAGCUAGACACGUGGGAAAAAGGACUUCCACCGUGAGCCCUAACCACUAACUGGACAAUGAUCUCCACGGCACAUGGAAUGAAAACCAUAUCUAACAAAGUGGAUAUUCAUCAAAUCCGUCAUGAUUUAUAUUUAAUAACAGGCCCACAAUGUGGUAACUAAAGUCUGAUUUGGAUAUAUUUGGAUGUUUUUGCUGUAUGAUACCUAGAAGUCUUUUCGGGUUUAGAACUAAAUGCUUGUGUAAACUGGUAGCAUAGCAUGCAUGCCAUAUAGAAAUUGGUGGUGGUAAUUAGUCGUUUUUAAGUGUAAUGCAAUUGAUUGGUGACGAUGACAUGAACAUGUAUUGGGGUUUACAAGCAUUCUACUCUGAUUGUUACCCCAGCAGUGUGAAUUACACAAACAAUAGCCAAAAUGUUUAUUUACGCCAUUGCAGAAAUUCUGGAUCUAUGGCCAUAGGGGGAACACAUGCGUGGUUGUUUUGGUCUAACUUUUACCUGGUCUAUACUCUUUUUUUAAUUUAGUUGGUUUAACACCGGUGGUGAUUUGAUAACUACAUUUCCCAAGUUGACCGAAUAAAAAAUGUAAUCGA